AGUGCACUGGAGUUAUUUUGGGCGCGCGCACACAGGGACCCCCAGCGAUACGCAGCGCGGGAUGUACUGGCUGCUGUGAGGCUCGCGCUUCAUCACUCCUGUCUCUCCCUGUGUGUCUCUCUCUCUAUCCCUCUCGCUCAUUCUGAUUUCUCCAUCUCUCUCUCUCUCUCACCCGCGCGCGCAAGUUGUUCUCCGGGGCUCGAGCAAACAUGUUGCGCGUGUGCGCGCUGCAUUCACUCUUCCUGCUUCUCGGAGUUACAGACAGCCGGAUCCUGGAGAGCCUUCAGCGUUACUCCUCCGCCCCCACUUACCUGCCUGUCAGCUACCAGCUUCUCAACACCGAGUCAUCCUUUUUCCUCAAGGAGGCCACGCAGGACUUCAUGCGCAACUCCAGCCUCCUUGCCAGAACUGAACCUUUCUUCAUCCACCAGGCCAGGAGACCUCCAGUCAUCAAUGCCAGCUAUGGUACACUCUUUGUGGAGCAGCCUGUACCUCUGGAGCUCCUCCAGACCCCUGGCACCUUUGUGGCCUCCUCAACCCUCUUCACCUUCAACUGGAAGGUGCAGACUUUUGUCCUCACAGAGAAGAUCUACCUGGACAAACCCAAGGUUCAGGUUCUUUUCUACGUAGCUGGGAGGGACUGGGAUGACUAUAGCACUGUGGACAAGUUGCCUUGCGUGCGAAUGUUUGCCUUCCACGAGACACAAGAAGUUCGCGGCAGCUGCAGGCUCCGGAGUGAGCUGGGCAUCUGUGUUGCUGAGCUGGAGCCUCUUCCUGGUUGGUUUGCACCUCCUAGUGUGGUCCCAGGACGCCAAAGAGGCACAGAUUUGUCCAAAGGGACUCCUGUGGAGCUUUACUACUCCCUUCACUCGGUGGAAAGCAGUGAGUGCCUUGGUGAGGAAUCUGGAGUCAGGAAUUCUGCCCGACUAGAACAAGAAGGCAUGUUUGGAUCCGCCACAUCUACGCCCAUGAGGAGGAUCGGAAGCGUGAGAUUGUUCCGGACACCAGCUGUUCCAGAGUUGUCAGAGCAUCGGCUGGACGGGAAUUUUGCAGUGCUCGUGCCAUCAGCGCCGGUCCGGCCGAGGGAUAGUGUGUCGGCUUACGUGGCUGCUUCACCCUAUUCACCUGUGGAAAUGUUCACUCUGAGGGUGAAGCUGAAGGACGGUGUUGCAUUUUUAGGGGCGAGACCCUGUAACCCCACGCUGUGGAUGGUCAGUCAGGACGUCCGGACCGAAGGUCAUAAGGUGGUGACCCUGCACUGCCGGAGAAAGGAGUCCAGCUAUGGGCAGAGGGUGGAGCCUGGCUGGCAGAGGGUGGUGCAGGUGGAUCUAGAGAUGGACGUCACUGUGGAUAUGGUGGGCAGUGGAUCGAUAUCCUGGAUGGUGGAGUAUCCUGGCAUCAGAGCAGGUUCAGAAGAGACGGAGACCCAAAUCCACAUCAUCCAGAAGGAGCUGGCUGGACUCAUCCCGCUGGCCAUGGACACAGAGAUUUUGAACACAGCCGUGCUGAACGGCAGAACCGUGGCGGUGCCGGUCAAAGUGGUGACAGUGGCGGUGGACAGUACGAUUACAGACAUAUCGGACAUAGUGGAGUGCCGGUCAACAGAUGAGGACGUGGUCAAGGUGUCCGACAGGUGUGAUUACGUGUAUGUGAACGGGAAGGAGAUGAAGGGCCGGGUGCGGAUGAUGGUGAACUUUACCUUCAGCAGUGUUGGGGCUCAGCUGGAGCUGAAGGUGUGGCUGCCCCGCCUGCCGCUGCACAUCGAGCUGUCCGACACGGAACUCAGUCAGAUAAAGGGCUGGAGGAUCCCCACCACGCCCAACACACAGAGGUCUGCUCGGGACAGUGAGGACGACGAUGAUGAAGAGCGGAGGGGGCGGAGCUGUACGCUGCAGUACCAGCGGGCCAUCGUGCGGGUGCUCACGCACUUCGUGGCCGAUUCUGGAGACGCUCGAGGUCAGCUGACCUACCUGCUGGGCUCUGAUUGGCAGGUGGACAUCACAGAGCUGGUGUGGGACUUCCUGAAGGUGGAGGACCCUCGCAUCGCACGGCUGCUGGACGGGCGCCUGCUGGAAGGGAUGGACACAGGCAUGACCAGCAUACAGGUUCUGUCUCCUCUGUCGGACUCUAUCCUGGCGGAGAGGACGGUGCGGGUGCUGGACGAGCGAGUGAGCAUCACCGAGCUCGGCCUGCAGCUGGUCAGCGGCCUCUCGCUCAGCCUGCAGCUCAGCACAGGAAGUAACCGAGCCAUCAGUGCCACGGCAACCACACAGGAAGUGCUCAACAGUCCCAAACAGGAGGCGCUAAUCAGUGCUUGGUUGCAGUUCAGCGAUGGCUCCAUGGCCCCACUGGACCUGUACAACCCUGAACACUUUGUCCUUACUGCGAUCUCGCUGGACGAGGAGGUGGUCUCUGUUCGUCAGGAUGCUGCCGGACGCUGGCCUGUCAUCUCGGCGGAAGCGGAGGGUCAGGGCCUGCUGGUGCGGGUGGAAAUGACCGUCUGCGAGUUAUGCCAGAAGUUCAAGCGCCGCAGUGUUCUGGCUGCCGGAAACUGCAACAUUCUCGUGAAGUUCGGCCGCAGCGAGAGUGUCUCGAGACCUUCUGCUACAGACUACGGAGAUGAGAUGGAAAACCGCCCAAUGGAUCGCCGGCCGAACCCAAACUUGCCAGACAGAACGGGCAUGGAUGGCCACUACUACGGAAGCUCUAUCUCAGGCAUGGAGGAUGGAGUGAUGAGGAGAGUCACCACCACGACCAAAACGGCCAUAAUCAGGAAAGCUGGUGGAGAUAAGCUUUCAGACGAUGGGAGCCAACCGAUCGACUUCUCUGAUUUUCCAGCACAGGUUGAUCUUCCUAGAGGUCGCAACGUGUUUGACGAUGACCUGAUCCAGACACCUCGGGGACUCACGGACCUCGAGAUCGGAAUGUAUGCCUUGCUAGGUGUCUUUUGCUUGGCCAUUCUGGUCUUUCUCAUCAACUGCAUCUCCUACACGCUCAAGUACCGGCACAAGGAGUUGUCAAUCGAGGGUCAAGAGAGCAUGAAUCACGCGCACGACUGGGUGUGGCUGGGAAACGAGGCCGAACUUCUGGAAAGCCACGCUAGUCUGUCGCCCCAGACAGACGAACAAAUCACCAUCAUGGACUCCAGCAUCGGAGGACUGGAGGAGGGUAGCCACCUUCUGAAUGGUGGUUCUUUGCAGAAGAACAUCCAAGGCCAGGUACACAGAGGGGCCGAAAACACCACGGUCUGCACCGGAAAAGACAGCAAAGGGGAUUCGCCGACUAGCAAGAGGAAACGGGUAAAGUUUACCACGUUUACAACCAUUCCGGUGGAAAGCGUUUGCGCAGCCAAUGAGACACUAGGGUUGGGGCCUAACGAGGACAUAAAGUGGGUCUGUCAGGAUGUGGAGCUGAGCGACUCCAAAGAACUGCGGAACUACAUGGAGCGGCUAAACGACAGUGCUUUAAAAGAGGUGGCGUAGUCGACACAGUGGCUAACUGCAGAACUCACCCUUAUGCCUUUUUACACACAGAAUAGUCCGAAAAAACAGGGAACUGUCACUAUAUGAAUCACAAACUCACAGGACAAGAAAAAUCAUCCCUUACUUAACAUGAGGUGUGCGUUGGGUCAAAACGGCAACUGCCAAAGGACAUGCUAACUGACAUCAGGAGCAACGUUACCGCUGCGGACUUGCAGCAGAAGAGCUUUUAACAGAGAAAUGUCAGUGAAUACAUAAGAUUUUUUUUUCUUUCUUUGUUUUUUUACUUUUGUUCAUUUAUAAUUCUUUGUUAUUUACUCUGUAUUCAUUUUUGAUGAUCUUAUUUUAGCGCCUUUUGUAGUUAAAAGACAAAAGAAAGACAUGACAGUAUUGCCAAGCUUGCCAAUGCUCUGCACACAUCUACAAGGCUACAGAACAAUAUGCAGAUGGUAGACCAAGGACUGUAAUAUUCAUGCAUAUUAUUGUAAAUAAAGUGCACAUAGAAUUGUUUUGACAGA